GCCAAAUUCAAAUAGUGGAAGAAAGAAACAGCAGGCAGCUGAAGAGGAAUAUUCUCAACCCUGCUUCUUUCAGGUUAUUCAGUUAAAAUGGCAUCUUCAAUUAUGGAUGGAGUCGGUAAAGUUGUGGUGGGAGUGUGGCGGGCACACACAGUCCUGGAUGAGUCUGAUGACGCUCAGAGCCCCCAAGAAGCCCCCGACCGUUUCCGCAAGCUUCGCUCUUCCUCUUCACUAAACUCUCUAAGAAUGACGUUGCGUAAGCGUCUCCCCCUCCGUUCUGUCCAGACCAACUCUCUCCCAGAGAAUCCAACUUGGGAGGCCCAGAAGGAGCAGCCAAAGCCCAACAAAGUCCACAAACUGACUCGCAGUGCUCGCAACUCCAUCACUGGAGUAUACCAGAGGCUGCAGAGGACCAGAGAGUUUGCCCGUGAGGAGUGUUUGGUUGCCACCCCGGGUACAUGUGAUGCAGAGGAAGCUGGCGCAUCAAAUUCUCUCACCCCAAGACGUACGCCUGGCAGAGCUGUAACGCCCAGACGAACACCCAGAGCAGCAGCCACUCCCAGGCAUACCCCAGGCUCUAGAGGAAGAAGGACUCCAGAGGCCGUCGUCAGAGGGGUGAGAACAGGUGGAGGCAGGAGGCAGCUGGUCCGCAUGGCUGCACUACGAAGUCCCUUUGCCUCCCCCAACACAGAAAACCAGAGAGUGAGGUUUGACGAAGAUCUGGAGUCAGUGUCCAGUGGGAUCAGGAGGCUUAAACAUCUGUCCAAGGCCUUUGAAAACAUCAUUGGCAGAGACAGCAGGCAGUUCGGCUACUCUCUAGUUGUGGAGUAGGGAGUGGAGAAGGACCAGUACAAAGGAAUGUUCUGGGGCAGCGGUGAUGAGAAAGUUGGAUCCCAGUGGUAAACUCAGUCGCUCAAACCUCACACGUCGAGCCUCUAACCUCUCUACCGCGCUGGGAGGUUUGGCCCACACAGCUGUGAACACUAUCUGCAAACCCAACUGAACAACAUGCAUGUCUGUAUGGAAAACACGGAGCCUUUUUGUAGACAUUUAUCCGUAUUGAUGUAUCACUGAUACAUUUACUUGUAGUGUUGUCACUAUAUUGGGAGACUGUUACACGGCAGCUUGUAUUCUUUUUUAUAUAUCUGUGAUGCGUGUAGUUUGCAGCAUUCAAGUAAUUCUUGUAUGUUUACAUAUCUUAGGUUAGCCGACUGUGGGUGAAAUACCCUCAUUGUAGCUACCAAAGGGAUUUUUAUAUUAUUGUGUACUAUCUACCUGUUUAGCUGCUACAACCAAAUGUAUUUUAGUUACAUUUUUAAGAUACUAAUAUUUAGUUUUGUAUUCUCACUUCUGCAUAGAAACGUUUUGCCAGUUUCUAAAAAUAUACUUUAAAUUAAACGCUCCACAAGACCAAAAUUAUAUCUGCAGACCUAACACUAAAUUCACGGACGACGGGAGGAUGCACCUUCCUUUACUUUAUAUGUAUUCCAUAAUGUUACUAACAUUCAUUAUUCCUCUUUCAAAUGAUGUUUGAUUAUGCCAAAUUGUAAAGUGUAUUUUCUAUCAAAGGGGACUUUUUUUAUAAUUGUGUCGUGGAUUUUCAUUUCUUUCCCUAAGGCAGAGGUAGGCACUUUUAAUGGCCCGUGGAUGAUUCAUGCAUCUAUACUGUACACAUAAAUCAUUUGAUAAUGUAAUGGGGGAAGAUGUGAUGACUCAUUACCUGAUGUCAGCGACAAUGAUGUUAUAAAGCCAUAUCCAGCAGGUUAUUAGUGUUGUGACUUUCAAAAUAUCAUUUCAAAGCAGGAAACAUUGUUCCUUUCUCUGCCAUUUCUGUGUAUCGGUUACAUUUUCUGCAAUAAUGAAAGGGAGAUGUGUUAAAAUGUGAAGAAAAAAACCCACACUAAAGCCUGUAAACUAUAA